GUUUGAAAUUUUUUUAUUCAUCCUUUUGCAUGUUGUGAGUAUAUAAAAUACAUAGAACAAGCAUCAAUUAUAGAUACAGUUUUACAGCAACACAAUAUCGUUUUUUUGUGUGUGAAGAGCAUCAAGGGUGUCAGUGAUAAGGCAUAUAACAUUUUAGAAAAUGUGUAUAUGUAUAUAUAUUGAACAAUGUUUAAUGGCUAAUAAACAUACAGUAUUAAACAGUUAAGAUAAAGAUGUACCAUUGUUGAAUUAUAUAUAGCUGACAGUAUUAUCUACUUUCAAUAGCUUUUUUAAUAUUAUAUGCAGGUCUAGAUAUAGCUUGCGAUCAAAGGGAGAUAAGUAUCAAAAAUAGUACUCGGGUAGCUUGCCUUUCUGCUGUUUCUUAAAAACCAUUAUUCUAUACUAUACAAUCAUGCAACAUCGUCAGUUUAUGCAAGUGAUGGUCAACUAUACAUAUAUAUGUACACUUAUCAUUCCAUAUAUAUAUUCAUCAAAUAUUAUUUAUGUCUUUCAUGCAGAUUACACACUAGUAAACCGAAAGAAGAAGUGAGAAGCAGAAAUACGAAAGUAGAAAUUCACGAAUGUAAAUCCUCAGGCGGAAUAUGGAAGAUGACGCAGCUUUAUAAACAUUCCAAACGGGAAUUCCCCUCUUUAGCUGAUAUCAACCGUUAACGACGAAAGUUGCCUCAUGUACCAUGAAACAAAGUAAAUAACUUAGAAAUGGAUAGACCAGUUGUUUUGUUCAAGAAGAAAUUUUCUGAUACUUCUCCAGAUCUUGUCAGAAAACUUCGACAACGCAUUAAAGAAGAUGUACAAUAUACAUCCUUUAGGCAUUUCCACAAGUUUACUGUUUGUUUGCCAGCACUCUAUUUGUUCAUGCCUGACUUCAAACAGCAGUACAUCAUCAGUGUGUGUGACUUGGAUAUGAAAAAUGAUCUCAAAACAGCCAAGGUUAUCAACUGGUGUGAUGGAGUGAAAAAUCUGUACCCACUAUCAACAACAGCGGAUGGUAACUGUCUGUUGCAUGCAGUGUCACAGGGACUGUGGGGAAUUGAGGAUAGUGAUCAGUUUUUGCGUACUCUGCUUUACUUAACAUUGUCAGAAGGAGAUGCAUCGUUAACCAAUGGCAUGUCAAGUAAGAUCCAACGAAGAUGGAAAUAUGCUCAAGAUGAACUAAAGAAACAGCGCCCAACUGAGUUCAACUAUGACGUCACCUCUCUGGACAUUUCUUUAGAUUGGAACAAUAUUGUUCAAGCAGCCAGUGAUGUUUUACAGCCAGGAACAAAUAGAGCAGGCACAUCUUACCCUACACUGGAGGGGGUACAUAUCUUCACACUGGCAAACCUUCUCAAAAGGCCAAUAAUAGUGUUGGCAGAUAGGACAGCAAGAUCAGUAUAUGGGAAUAGUAUGCAGGAAAACAAUCUGUAUGGGAUAUAUUUACCGUUGGAGGUAAAACACUCCGAUAUAUGCAAGACACCAAUCAUUCUUGGAUAUAGUCUGAACCACUUUGCACCCCUGGUCACACAGGCUAAUAGCCCUGAAGGUGAGGGAUCUAGUCAGAGUAUUCUUCCUUUGGUCAUGGGAGACUAUACCCCCCUUCCUUUAAGGUUUUUGUUAAGAGGAGAAGAGUAUAAUGCUGUUGACUUGAUGAAAAAGUACAUGUAUGUGAAAAACAUUCCAAGGGUUUCUUCUGAAUCAGUUUCUUCUAUUCCUGGAGUGGUAUUACAACAUCUAUCCAUACAUGAUGAACUGGACAUAGUAAAUGUACACAGACGUGAAUGUGAACAAAUAUUUUUGAACUGGGGGAUUCCUAAUUCACAGACUGCUGUUGGUGGCAAAGCAGUUGUUGCUGCCAGUGAGAAGGUACCUACCUCUUUUACUAGGACGAUCAAUCCUAGUGCUCCUCAGGCAAGACCUGAUCCAGUCCAGAGAGCAAAGCUGCCCAUAUCUAUCCAAACAGGAAGAAAUAUACAGCCAUGUGUUACACCUGGAUGUACUAUGUUUGGGUCACCUGAAACAGCAAACAUGUGUUCAGCCUGUUUCAGAAAAUAUACAUUGGAUUUCAACAAGGAAGAAGCACAAAGGAAAGGAUGGAAUCUACCAAGUGAACCUUCUGCUCCACCAAUGUCAUUCCAUGGACAGGAAAGUUACACAGACCUCUCAGUCAUGGGAGUCAACUGUUGUAAUCCUAAAUGUGGCAACAGGUGCUCUGAACAUACCUUCCCUUACUGUCAUGCCUGUAAACCCCAGGCACAUGGAUCAGAUCUAGUACAGCCAGGAGCAGGAGCUUCAACUCCACCUAACACUCCUCUCAUUGAAGCAAAGUGUAGGAAUCCAAAAUGUGAUAAUCUGUGUUCAAGUAGAGAAUGUGUCUGUCAUGAAUGUAAAGACUUUUUCAUUCAACAGGGAGCAUACAAGGCUACAGUACCAGUACUUCCACCAGCUACUAUUAGCACCAACACGUUGCCCAACACUUCACCAUCUGGACUAGCUGUAGCUCCAGAAGACCAGAUAAACAGUGGGAUGCGACCAAUUGGAGGUACAGACAUUUCAUUCAUGCAGGAUCAGCAGUGUCAGAAUAGUUUGCAAUGCAUGAACCGCUGUACAAAAUCCACUUUUCCCUAUUGUCCUGCAUGCUCUGCUAUGAAAAGAGAAGCCAGAAACACUAUCAGUAAUCCAUCAAAUUUGGCAUCACAUGUGCAGGGUCCUCCUGUGACAAAUCAUCCUCUUACACCUGCAACACAAACUGUAGAACCUGCAGUACAGACACAGGGUGCUGGAGCCGAAGGCAUAGACGAAAACAGCUUAUUUGGAGAAGGAACUACAACUGCUCCUAUCAAAGAACUUGGUAAGCUUGAUAUUACACCAUCAGCUUUGUCAGUAGAAGACUUUGAAGAAUCCAACUCUCUUUCAAGUAAUUUUGUCUUCAGUCAUGGGCCUUCAUCACAGACACAUGUGAUUAAAAAUUUUAAAACCAAUAAUUCUUCAUCUGAAGGGACUCCUUCCCCAAUGGAAUCUGGUAAACGUUUGUCUUAUCCUGAAGCAAAGUUUCACCAACAAACAACCAUACAGUCAUCAGGAAGCUCGUAUGCUAUCAUCAGAGAAGAAACAAGUAGCCAGGAAAGCCAGGCUGAUCCCAGUAAAAGUCAAGGUCAAAGACAGUCACCAGAAUCACCAGAACUCUUGAAACAGCUUUGCUCAAAACCAGGUUGCUGUGGUGUUAGAAUAGCUAACAAUUUUGGGUAUUGCCUGGAUUGCUGGACUAGCUGUAUAAGGACAACUGAAACACCAGUACUGUUGACCUCAGAAUCAACUGAAGAGUCAAGAGCACCUCAACUGAACACUUCAGAGAUACGAUCCAUGAACCCAGUUGUUACUACAUCCAAGGACAAGAGGGAUUGUGCCUCUCCUUUGUGUAACAAGAAGAUAUAUCCACCCAACAAACUGUGUGAUGAAUGCAUUGAGGUCCUGCGUCAGGGCCAAUCUCGAUCACUGGAAGAGCAGACCUCUCCACGUCAUGAAAGAAAAAGUAAGAGCUAUUCACCAUCCAGACCUAAGUGUAAAAAGAAGAAUUGUGAUUUUCAUGGCAGUAGCAAAACUGAUGGCUAUUGUUCCCAAUGCUACAAAGAAGUUAAAAGGAUUCCAAUAGAAUCUAACUUCAAACAGACGCCUACCUUAUCAAACCUAACACCGUACAACAAAACGAUGGCACCGCCUAGGACUCGCAGUGAUCCAGGGGUACUUCAUGGUGGUGCCAGUUACACUCCACAGGUAGUUCAGAGUGGAGCCGGAUACACUCCACAGGUAGUUCAGAGUGGAGCUGGAUACACUCCACAGGUAGUUCAGAGUGGAGCCGGAUACACUCCACAGGUAGUUGAGAGUGGAGCCAGAUACACUCCACAGGUAGUUGAGAGUGGAGCUGGAUACACUCCGCAAAUGACGCAAGCUGGAGCCGGAUACACUCCUCAAAUGACGCAAGCUGGAGCUGGAUACACGCCACAAAUGACUCAAGGUGGAGCCAGACACACUAAGGGUGACAGAGUUCCUCUUAAGGUCCAAAAUAAAUCCCAGUUCUGUUUGGAGCCUGGCUGCGACAGGUUUGGAGACCCCAAUAUGUACUACAGAUGUACAGAACAUUACCAGAUGGCUUUGUCUGACUUCCAGCCCCAGCCUCCUCCCUCCAAUAAGUACAGUGCUAGAGAGGUGAUGAAUUACAACCUGGCCGAGAAGCAGCCACCGUACAACAUGCCAGGGCAACCAUCUCCUGUUCAUCCCAGCCCUUUGUCAGGGCCUCCAAAUGCUAACUACAUGAACAACCUUUCUAGGCCACCUACCUAUAAUAACCCCUCUCAACCUGCUUGUCCCCAAAAUACUGCCUUCCACUCUGCCAUGUCUACUGUGGAAAAUAACCUGAAGAACCGUGUGCUCUGUAAGACAGCUGGAUGUACAAAUAUUGGCAGUGGAAUGAGAAGAGGAUAUUGUAGUGAGUGUUACCCUCACACGUUACAGAGGAGGGGCCCGGACACAGAACUUCCAGCUGAUGAUCCAUGCAUGAACUAUGGCUGUUGUUAAAAGAUGUGACUUGUUGUAGGAGUUUCUAUCCAUCUGAAAUAGGUGUAGGCUCUUAUGUAUUGUAAUAUAGUUUUUCGAAUUGACGUUUAGCCACAUUAUUGACAUGCAAAUGUAAUGCUGUGAUUUUUUCUGUAAUGUUUUUUUUAAGUAUUAAUAAUAGUGUACUACUAAUUGAUAUGGUGCUCUACUCUCUGUAUUGCAGAAUAUCUAUAAACAAUAACAUAAUAGGAGUGUGUUUCUGGUGAAGAUCUGUGAAACUUAGAGAACUAUGUAAAUAAAAUGUCUUUACGUAUUUCUAAUUAUCUAGGAUUAGUUUUAUACUGGAUGAGUGGAAUUCAGAAGAAAAAUCCUUGGAUUCAGAUAGUAACAAGUAAUUGUGUUAAUAUAUUUGGCCUGGAUUUUGUAUUGGAAGGAUUUCUUCAAUAACAACUAAUACUGUCAUAUCUAGGUUAUGUAAAUACAGAGAGCUCAUGUAUUUAAAAUAUUUUACAUAUGUAUAAAUUAUAUUAAUAAGAAGUUUAUGUAAAUAUACACGUACAAAAUAUACAGUGUAUGUAAAGUGUAUGUUAAAUCAGAAAUAUUUACAUGUACAUUGUAGUUUGUAUAUAUAUUUAAUGUAAGUAACAUAGUAUCUGAACCUUGAAUACUGAUUUCAUGUUUCUUGUUUUGAUCUCAAAAUAUCGAAGUGGGGUUAUAUGACGUUGAAUUUGACAGAUAGCCCACAGUUUUUCUUAUGUUUUUUUUUCGAAAACAUGAUAUAUAUCAGAUAGUCUGCAUCAUUAUAUAAUCGCAGAGACAUAUAUAGUAUGUAUGUAUCUGAUAAUCGGCAGAACACAUUUUAAGAAAAUCUUAAUAUUUGAUUAUAUAGACCGCAGACAAAACGCAGGAAAUUAAAAACUAGGUAAAUUUGAGUAUUCAAUACUAGGGACAAUAUAUAUUCAAUUGUCCCUGUUAAAUUAUCCAUUGAUGUUCAAUAUGCGAUACGUACUUGGACUCUAUCCAUAAGAUCAGAGAAGAUAAUAGGCUCUGGCGGUUCGUUGGGCGUUCCAAAUGGAUAAUUGAGAAGUGUAACCAAAAAGUUUGUAAAUAUAUUUCUAAUGAAUAGGACGAUGUACAUUGUAACGCAAUUUAGACGUUAUUUGUUUUCGUGGAAGUUUUGGAUUGUACAAUAAUGGCCAAGACUUGUUGAAGUACUACUGCUUAUUGUGACGUAUAUGACGAUGUUGUAAAUUUUAAAUAGCGAUUUGAAGGCAAUGUCUUUCUCAUUCCAAGAGUCCUGUUGUUAAAAGUGUUUGAUAUUGCACUUUAUGUUAGUAUGCGCGUAUCUAAAUACAUGUACAAAUUGUAUAUUAAAUACGUUUUGGCUUUUCAAUUUAAAACUUCAAAUUAAAAAAAAAAUAUCUAUUGUUUUUAGUGUACAGGGGUAAAUAACUUACACAUCAUAUUGGCAUCUGAGAUGAGAACUUACAUGUUUAAUUCUGUUGAAAACCAUUCAAUGGACGAAAUAAAGUGAAAGUAGGCGUGCUCUGUACCAUCAGUAACAUAUAGAUUCUGAUUUGGUAGUGUGUGAUUAAGUCUACGUUUGUUUUUAUACACGGUAUACUUGAUUAGUGUAAUUAAGUAAACUAUCGGAGAUUUGUUUCGGUCGAUAUAUUAUAUUUUAUAUCGCACAAGAAUGAUCGGCACCGUCAAUAAAAAUAUUAAAUGCAACUGAUAUACACAAUGUUUUCCUUAUUUAGGUAAAGAUAAUGAUUUUAACGUUAUGCUAAUUUUACCGUACUGCCCUCGCUUGAGACUGUGCUUUCCUUAAUUAUCCAAGGGAGUCUUUAACUCCACCAGUAUAUCGAGCAGCAUUCCUGUUAUUCUCUCGUCAUAAGGAUAAAGUGAACUGAAUUUUAAGGUCGUGGGGGUAAUAAGGUGACUUCACAGCGUGUGUUUGAAGAAGUUUAAUUGAUUUAUGCGUGUCUGUUUAGAAGUAAUGCUCGGGACAUGAUCCAUGAUUAACAGCGAUACAAUAAUUGUUACUUGGACAGUGGUAUUAUGCUGAAGAAUAUCACGCUUGGUUUUUAAUUUAGCCGUAACCAUAAAUCAUGAUGAUGUUGGGAAUCAAACCGCUGGUGUGAAUGUUUGUAUGAUACUGACGAAAACUAUAUGAUGCACUGCCCGGACUGAAAUGUUUCGUCACAUAAAACAAGUAAAAUGUUUUACAGUUUGGUGAUAAAGUUACUAUCAUUACCUUCCCGUGGGUAGAUAUAUUGUAGUCGGAAUUGAGAUGACAAUCAUUGAAGUAAGAAAAACAUUCAUAAUUGUGUCUUGCUGGUAAAUAUAUGUGAAACGAACAUCAUUAUUGUCUGGAUGGCAAAUAUACGUUGCAGUAAAAAUAACCGCCAUUCCUAUCGUGUAAAUGUAAAAAUCUCUGUUAAACGUAAUGAUGAAAAUUCUUAUAUUACAUGUUCUAACUGAUUAAUCUAAAAUAUGAUAUAAUUUCUCAGUUGUUGACCUGUAAUUUAGUUAAACACACUUGAAUGUCGUGUUUGGUGUGUACCCAUGAUGUAUAUAUAUAAUUGUUUGUCUUUUAAUUUUUUCUUAAUGUCGUUUAACCAUUAAAAAAGUCCUAAUUUUGA